AUGAUAACUGUACUGAAACUAAAACAAGACGGCUUCAAUACACCCAGCGACCACCUGGAAUCCAAGAGCUACUCCUUUAUUGAGUUCUGGUCGUGGCGCGUCGGAGUUGUACGUUUGUGUGCGAAUCAGCUUUUAACGGUUUCCUUAUGCAUGUUUCGUCCCUUCGUUGACCUAAAAUGUCCUCCUACGAAGCACAAACUGUAUAUUUACUUUGCCGUUGGCGCCUUCCUCCUGACGGCGUUCAGAGACUCAAGAGCUGAGGUCGAAGUUCCCGUGAUGAUCGAAGUGACCUCCCUGACCUUGGAGGAUGACCUUGGCUCCACGGCCGCUCCCGGUGAUCUGAACUGGAACAUAACAACGUGGACAUCGCCGCUGGGGUUCUGUAAUGACACCAGCGAAUGUACCCAGGGACUCGCGUGCUUCGGGAAUCUCUGCUCAUGCCCCCGGAGUUGCAAGUACGUUCUUAACAAGUGCUACUGCGGAGAUGGUCGACUAUUCCCCUGGUGGUAUUUUCUCAUUGGUGGGUUGCUGGGACUCGUUGUCUCAGACAGGUCACCUCCAGCUUACUCGUCGCAGUUACAAGGAACUCUGAAUAUACCUGAAUAUACCCCCCUGCCACCUAUCGGACAGACCUAG